UGUCAGGUCAGUCGCUCGCGGCGCGUCUCGGCCGCCAGUCGUAUUUAAAAGUGGUCGCGAUGGCCGCCGCCGGAUUGGUUCGUAGUGUCACCCGCCUUGCGAGGGGGUUUGUUGCCAAAGUGUUAAUAUUAUCUGUGCUCGCAGCCCCGAUCGGGGCGCAGAAGAGCUUCCCAAUGAAGAUGCGCGACAUUAACGAGGACCUCGACCGUCAGCUGGACGAAAUAAUGGCCUCCGAGACUGCGGUUAACUACUCAACGAUAAACACAACGGGGACGCCCUACGCCGCCUCGACCAAGUUCAAUCCAAAGGGAAUGGGCCAGCUCUACAACGUGACGAACAUGUUCAUCGACCUCAUCCAGAGCAAGCAAGCCUACCCCGAAGGUAUGAUAACGUUGGAAGACGGUCAACCCAAAUUUGCAGAUCCAGUUAAAGAGUGGAAAAUCAUCCUGAAGCAUUACAGUGGUGUUGCGGGUCUCGCCAUAGCAGGUCUAUUACUCGCAGCUGUUCUACCGUGUAUCGGAUUAUUCUUUUGCUGCUGUCGUUGUGCUGGUCAUUGCGGCGGGCGAAGUCAACCUUUCGACAAGAAGCAUGAUCAUUGCAGAAAAAUUAUGCUCAGCAUUGUCUUGAUCGCUGUUGCGACGAUCAUAUUAUUUGGGGUCGUUUGUGCAUUUGUAACAAACGAAUACAUGCAAGAAGGAACUAAUGAACUACCGAACAAUCUUAAAACUAACUUAAAGGAUGUCCAAUUGUACCUCCGUGUUACAUCUCGUCAAAUUGAUAAUUUACUUGGUACCAAUUACAACCAACUUGAGUACACAUUGAACAACAUUCUCCAAGCAAGCGGAAGAAUCGUUACGGAACAACUAGCGAAAUACUCUCACGCCGCAUCACUGACAAAUCUGAAUAAUAUCGUUUCUGGACUUGGCGAGAUUGGUAAUGAUUUGAACAGGAUUAAGGGUAUCACUCAAGGAUUACGGACGAAUGCAAGUGAAUUAGCAAUUGAACUGCGGCAGGUCAGAAAUAGUUUGCUUCACACUUUAAAGGAGUGUACAAUACAAUACUGUCAAGACAUCAGGAAAGAGUACAAUGUCAACGAGAUGGCUGUUCAAGUUCCAUUUGACAAGUACCUGGAUAGAUAUUUCCCAAAGCUUCAGUCUCUGCCGAAUGUCUCACUUGCACUGCGCAACAUAACGCUUUUGAUGGAAGGCAAUAUUGUCUCAGAAGUAAGCCAAGGGAGGGAGUCGUUCGCCAAAAUUCAGAAGGACAUUCAACAUGCUGUAAAUCAGACUAUCCCUGUUGUCAGUGCUAGCAUUAGACGAGCUGGUGAUUCUCUGCAAGGAGUCGCCAAUAACAUUACAUCGCUACUUGACAAAAUCAGCUCUGAUAUAGAUACGCAAUAUAUUCGCCAUGUUGAUAUUGCCAGCACGCAUAUAAAUCAAUAUUCCCCAUACCGGUACUACGUAGGACUUGGGAUAUCUGGAAUACUACUGACAGUCCUGUGUUGCUUGACGCUCGGUUUACUCUGCGGUGUUUGCGGAAAACGCCCUGAUGGUUACGGAGACGAUUGUUGUAACAAGGGCGCAGGUGCUCGUUUUUUGAUGAUGGCAGUGUGGAUUAUAUUUCUAUUGACCAGUAUUUUAAUGAUUGUGACUGUGGCUCACAUGGUUACCGGUGUUAUCAUUCAGCGCGGCGUUUGUGAGCCGCUAAAAAAUCCCAAAGACAACCGAAUGUUCGAUUUGGUCGAUGAUUUUGUUCAGAUAAAAUCAAAGUUGUAUCCAAAUAAACCUGACGUGAAUAUUAACAUGAGUUAUAUUAUAACUAUGUGUCAUGCAAACGAAACUCUGUACAAGGUUUUGAAACUUGAGAACUUAAUCGAUUUGACAAGCUUACAUACUUAUGCAGAACGUUACGACAUCAACAAUACAAUCCAACAACUACGAAGGAAGAUAAAUCUUUCCCCAGGGGUUGUCAUUUUGAGCGACAGCGCUCGGUCAAAGCUCAAUGAUUUGGCUCAGAGUGGUUUGAGUGAAAUCAUGUUCUCUCGGUACACCGACUUAUUGGAAAACAAUAUAACGAAUUUGAACUUGGAACACCUCGCCAACAAGUUGAGAGAAGUGGCGACAAAAUUACCGGAGGGACAUGACAGAAUAAGAAUAAGUCUUGAAACUAAUGCGAUUAAUUUGGAACGAUGUCAUAGAACAUUUGUUACCCCUAUGACGUUGCUUAGCCAACAACUAAGUGCUCAUGCAUUAACUUUGCAAGAGCAUAUCAAGUUUAAUCACAGCUCUAUGACAGAAGCAAUACAUGAUCUAGUCAACGAAACGACUCAGGCUCAAGAGUUCCUGAACAAAGAGGGUCCGAAGUAUGUUCAGUAUGUCGCAAAGAAGUUCGGAGACAAAUUCCUCAACCUGGUGGAUGAUUUUAUGAAUUUCGUUGCUAGGAAUGGCAUGGAAACUGUUGGAAAAUGUGCCCCAGUGUCAAAUGCAUACGAUGCAACACUCGUUGCUUCGUGUAACAAAAUCUUGGACCCAUUUAACGGUUUUUGGGCGAGUGUUGGCUGGUGCUUAGUUCUCUUCAUACCGACUAUAAUACUCUGUGCGAAGCUCAGUGCUCUUUACCAGAAGUCUGAUCCAUAUCCAGGCCCACUGGUCGAAGCUGAAUAUUUGUAUGACGCAUAUGCUGACAGGGAUAACAUACCCCUUGCCCAUGUUCAUGAUAAAAAACAUGGCGCUCACAGUAGGCACCAUCCGGCAGCCUAUGUUGAAAGCUACGACGGACCUGCGGGAGCAUAUAGUGAUCGAGAAAGGGUGUCCGAUGCUCAUCAAAGCUCAUCCAACCACGAUUCAAGAUAUGCAGAUCUUGCACCCAAAAAUUGGGAUUUCCCAAACGGGGGACCACCAAGGUAUCAACCAGCUGCUGCAGCACCACCCCUCAGUACUGAAUAUGAGCGACCUCCCCCUUACUACUAUCCUGGACCAGGGGACAGAAAUUAGGAAAUAGGUACCGUGGCAUGUACCAAGACUGCGCUCAGCAGUGCAGCGACGCACAGCUUGACACGCAGCUAUAAGCGAACCCAAAGACAGAAGGAUAAAUCUAAAAACAAAUGGGAUUAUGUCUAACGAAGAGGGUCACGUGCAUGCCACGACUCAUUGAAACAUCAAAAUUCAAAGACCAAGAUAGAAUAAACUGUUUUAAGAUGAUUUGUAAGCAAUUCUGUUUAUUGGAAAUUUCCUCAGGGUGCUGCGGAUGAAGCCUUUUUGAGAAGUUGAUGAAAUUACUCUAAAAACGCAUUGCUUACAAAUAAAAUGUGACGUUAACAAGUUCAAAGGCUUAAAACAAAACAUAAAUAUUGCAUUUUUCUGAAAGAGACAUUACAAAAAACAGUUUGUAUUUGUUCUCGUUAGUUACUAACUGG